AGUUGUUACCCACAUCCGUUCCGAAUGACGACGACGCUGAUCCAAAAAGAAAGGGAAAACAGCUAGCUAACUACAGCUGGCUAAGAACAGUGUUAAAACUCAAAUCAAAUCACAACCUUUGUGGUAUUUUACUAAUUCUAUACCAACAUUUAUGACUGUUCAUGUGAAACUACUUUGGUUAUUGAGCUAGCAGUAAGCAGUGAUAUGCAUUGGAUAGAUUUAGCUGUUUAUUUACCGUUAGCCUAGCUAUUAUAGCUUGCUAGCCAGCCACAGAGCGUAUGCUACCCAGCUAACUUAGGAAGCUACCAAAGACAUUGUAGUGACUAGGGGACUAACGACAGUCAGCUAGCUAUCCAAGCUAGCUAGUUCAUUUGUUCUUUUAUUCGUGGUUUUUUCCCGGUAAUAAUGGCAACAUCGGCCCUGUACGCCUGCACGAAGUGUAACCAGCGGUAUCCUUUCGAAGAACUGUCGCAGGGGCAGCAACUGUGCAAGGAGUGCCGCAUUGCCCAUCCCAUUGUGAAGUGUACAUACUGCAGGUCUGAGUUUCAGCAAGAGAGCAAAACAAACACGAUUUGCAAGAAAUGUGCCCAGAACGUAAAGCAGUUUGGGACGCCCAAACCCUGCCAGUACUGUAACAUCAUCGCAGCGUUCAUCGGGACAAAAUGCCAGCGCUGUACCAACUCAGAGAAGAAAUAUGGCCCUCCACAGACCUGUGAGCAAUGCAAACAGCAGUGUGCCUUUGACCGCAAGGAGGAGGGAAGGAGAAAGGUGGACGGUAAGCUGCUGUGCUGGCUCUGCACGCUGUCCUACCGCCGCGUCCUGCAGAAGACCAAGGAGCAGAGGAAGGGCUUCAGCUCCAACUCGUCCUCGCUCAACGAGAAGGACCACCACUCCAGGCAGCACCAUCACCACCACCACCAACACAGACACAGCAGCUCCCACCACAAACUCAGUGGGAGCCUCAGUCCAGAGCAGGAGCAGGGACUGUGGAAGCAGAGCCAUAAAUCCUCUUCAAUCCAGAAGGAGACUCCAAAGAAGAAACCAAAACUGGAGAUGAAGCCAUCCAAUGGGGACAGUAGUUCCAUCACCCAAUCCAUGGAUUCUGGCGGAACAGACAACUUUAUCCUCAUCAGUCAGCUGAAGGAGGAAGUGAUGUCAUUAAAGAGACUCCUACAGCAGAGGGAUCAGACCAUUCUGGAGAAGGACCGGAAGCUCACCGAGCUGAAGGCAGACUUCCAGUACCAGGAGUCCAACAUGAGGGUCAAGAUGAACAACAUGGAGAAGGCACACAAAGAGGCCAUGGAACUGUUACAGGCUAAAAACAGAGAGCUGAUGAAACAGGUGGCCGCCCUCUCCAAGGGCAAGAAGUUUGACAGGACAGGGAGUUCACUGCUGUUGCCCUAACAACAAGUCAUACCCGCCACAGUGGCUCUCAGAGACUUCAUCGUUUUAGCACUGUGAAGGUCUGAUGCCGUUAUCCACCCCCCCCCCCCCACCAGUCCCCUUUCCACCGUUUCCUCAAUUUAUUGCCAUCAUGUUCAAUCAUGGUUUAUCCGUCGCAGUAACCAUGCUGUACAUGGAAACAUGUUUUCGUGUCGACCCAUUGAUUUUUCCCUUUUCCACCAAGGCAGUUUUAGGGCCGGUUAGAAAUCGGUGCCUAAUCUCAAACCUUCUUUGCAUUUAAAAGGACCAGGCAAGGAAAACGAACUCCAAAGCGGAACUCUAGACCAGCUCUUAGUGGAUCUAGAACUGUUCGUCAGUGGCUGUGGGCGAGAUAAUCGUCAUCAUUGCUUGAUCAAUCUCGAAAUCUUCACCUGCGGCUGCCAUGUAGGGCAUUCACAAGACAAAUGUAAACAAAAAAAACGUAGAGGCUAGCGGGUGCCAUCACCACCCUUUUGUCUGUUUAUUGUAAACAGACCAUGCAAACAAGGUCUCUAAUAGCUAACAAAACUAGCUAGCAGCAAAUAGAUUUCCCAGAACGGAGAUGUAUUCAGUGGAAAAGCAAAUCGAUGUCAUGCCACUUUUGCUGCCUUAUCAGAUUUUAGUACCGUAGCGCAAAUACAUAGGGCUAUCCUAACCCUGCUGUGGAACCUUCCUGCUGGUAGCAUGUUCCGAUGGGUAGCAAAAAAUGAGCGGGCACCAAUUUGCAGUAGGUUCAGCAAGCUACCCGUCAGAGCUACCCAUCAUGCUAGCAGCAGGUUAAUGCUGCACAGCAAGGUUAUGGUAAGGGGUUAGCCCUGUAUUAUAGUUUGCGCUACGGUAGCAAAAUCUGAUGCGGUAGCAUAAAAUGGCAGAACACCGGCACCAGCAACAGCCCAGGAGCAGAACUAGGUUUGCGUUGGUGGAAAAGGGGGGGGUGGGGGGGGGGGGGGGUGUCGGAGGACACUGGAGAUGUCGGACGUGUUCUCUGUGUUUGUCAGGUGAUUUUUGUCUCUGGGUGUGACUUUGGAAGCAGGAGGGGAGGGAACGCCCUCAUAUUUACACUGCCCGGGGGGAAACGACGACACGGUCUGCUUCUUAUCUGUCGCAGAAACAUCACGGUUCCACUCCAUCCCGACGGAUGUCAUGCAAUUUAUUUAUUCAAUUGUGUUUCUUUCAAUUUACUAUUAUGUUUACUCGCCACAUACUCAGAGAGAACAUCUUCCCACAUUUUGGGGAUUUUACAAUUCGUGUAUAAUAUUAGUUCUAUUUUUCUAUAUGGACAUGAUUCUGGAAGAAGCCUCCUCUUCAUUGGAGGCCCCUUCCCAACUUUAAUAUGUAUGCAACUGUCGAAAGGGUGAUCACAGCGUUGCUGGCCAGCAGGCAGUGAUGUCUCGACGUCAAGUCCAAAACCAACCAAUGAGAACACGGGAGAUCUUUUGAAAACCAACCAAUGAGAACACGGAGAUCUUUUGAAAUCUUGUUUUGUAGAGAGACUUGAUCCUGGCUGCUCUCUUUCUCACUGUGGCGGCUGUCGCUUUGCUGUUUCUCCGUAGUGGAACGAUUGUAAUAAUGCAUGACUUACUGCCAUAUACAGGUUGGCAUUGUGGUCUCAUGUACUGUAAUGUACUUUUAGACUUUUUCUCCCGCCCUUUUAAAUAGUUUUUUAAGAAUCACAUGUAAAGGUAUUACAGGGGUCAGCCUAUGUAUUUAAAAUGUAUUGCUUGUGUCAGUUUUAGUGUGUAUUUGUAAGGUAAGGCUGGUUGACGAUAAACACAUGUAGAAUAUGCUUUUUAAAGAAACAUCUUACACUUUACAGCUCUUUGGACCUUAAGAGCUGGUUUCAUACUGUGGUGUACAAGAUACCUUUUGUACUUUUUCCAAACCCAAUGUUUGAAAAAUAUUAAAUAUGGUUGAAAAGGUUCUCUUGUGUG